AAAACUGCACCUACCAAGAACUCCUUUCGUAGCAGAAAGGCCAAACAAAACUACUUUCGUCGGCCGUCUCUGUUUCUCCGUCCAUUUCAUCCAUCGGAGGUCACUCAGACAGCGAUUCAGACCACCCAAAUCUCAACCUUGCAAAGCUCAUAUCAUACCUAAACCAUCGGAGGAAUUCAGAGACAAAAAAUUUGGGAUUUGGACGAUGGAUUUGGAUCUGUGGAUAUCAAAGGUCAAAGAGGGCCAGCACUUGUCCGAAGAUGAGUUGCAGCUGUUAUGCGAAUACGUAAAGGACAUCUUAAUUGAGGAGUCAAAUGUUCAGCCAGUCAAUAGUCCAGUUACUGUUUGCGGUGAUAUUCAUGGCCAAUUUCAUGACUUGAUGAAGCUCUUUCAGACCGGAGGUCAUGUACCCGAGACAAAUUAUAUUUUUAUGGGGGAUUUUGUUGAUCGUGGUUACAACAGUUUGGAAGUUUUCACAAUACUUUUGCUUCUAAAAGCAAGAUACCCUGCAAAUAUCACUCUUCUCCGUGGAAAUCACGAAAGCAGGCAAUUAACACAGGUCUACGGUUUUUAUGAUGAAUGCCAGAGAAAGUAUGGGAAUGCUAAUGCAUGGAGAUAUUGCACAGACGUGUUCGAUUAUCUAACUUUGUCGGCAAUAAUAGAUGGAACUGUAUUAUGCGUUCACGGUGGUCUUUCACCUGACAUUAGGACUAUUGAUCAGAUCAGAGUUAUUGAGCGGAACUGUGAGAUCCCACAUGAAGGACCAUUUUGUGACCUUAUGUGGAGUGAUCCUGAAGACAUUGAAACGUGGGCAGUCAGCCCUCGUGGAGCUGGAUGGCUUUUUGGAUCCAGAGUUACAUCUGAGUUCAAUCACAUCAACAAGCUUGAUUUAGUUUGCCGCGCCCACCAACUUGUCCAGGAAGGUUUAAAGUACAUGUUUCAAGAUAAAGGACUCGUAACUGUCUGGUCUGCACCAAAUUACUGCUAUCGCUGUGGCAACGUGGCUUCGAUUUUAAGCUUUAGUGAGACUAUGGAGAGAGAGGUAAAGUUCUUCACGGAAACGGAGGAAAAUAAUCAGAUGAGAGGUCCAAGGACAGGGGUACCAUACUUUCUAUGAACUGGAAAAGAAAUAGAAAGAAGGCAGAUGAUGAUGAUGAUGGUGGUGGUGCUGAAAUGUGUUCUAAACAUGAAGAAAACAAACUGCUGUUUUCAGUACACACUUGGGUUUUUGUGUUCUACAAGUUCUCCAUUGCUUGUUUAUUAUUGUGUUACAUAAUUUUUAAUCAUAUUCAUGUGGUGUUGAUAUUCUGGUAGACUGAUGAUGUAAUUUUCUCUAUGCUUUCACUUUUCAUUAAAAUGAGGAACUUUAAUGCCA